AUGACACGGCCGAGCAACAAGCACCGCGGGUCCAAGCGCAAGGCGAGUGACGGCAACAAGCAAGCCGAGACCAAGCGCAAGCCAAGUGACGGCAACAAGCAGGCCGAGGCCAAGCCCAAGGCCAAGGCGCCCAAGAAGGUCGAGUCCAACACGCCACAAGGCCGCCUCGAGGCCAUCCUUGGCAUGUCCCUCGGCGCGUUCCAAGCCGAGUACUUUGAGAAGAAGCCGCUGCUGCGCAAGAACGUGUCGCCGUGCGCUGGGCUCUUUAGCCGUCAGAAGCUGCUUGAAGUGCUCUCGCGCGACCCGCUCGAGUACAGCAGUGACCUCACGGUGACGCACUAUAAG